AUGGACGCUCUCCCACCAGCCUCCCGACUCACGGUUGUCUGCUCUCAAGUUGCCAUUGGCUCUGAAUUGCACCAGGCUCCAAUCGCUACUCCUACCAACAUCCCCACAGACACUGAACCAUUCCCUGAGUAUGAUGAGUCCCAGUGUGAGCUGGUUGCAUCUGCCUACGCGGCCGAGAAACCCCUCGAGGAUGCAUUGAUCCAUGCUCUCGGUAAAGCCGCUCACCAAGAGAUCCGCACGCGCGAUGUCGACCCCAAGAUCAUCCCAUAUGUCAAGAGCGAUCCGUCCCACCGCAGCCAAGUCAUCCUCGAACAGCUGCUAGACCUUCUCUCCGAGCCACAAAUGCGCCGUGAGGUUCGCGAGCAGUUUAUCAUCAUUGUCAAUGCAACCCUUCAGUUCAACAAGGUCAUCUUUCACCAGUGUCCAAAGUUCCUAUCUCCCCAAGAAAUCAGAGAUGCACGACGUCCACUUGAGAUGGUCCUCAGGAAAAUCCAAUCCAUGGAAUACAUGCUCAAAGAUCAGCUGUACAAUGCCGAAAAGGCCUCUUCCGACCUAAAAGACAUCGAAGUGGAGUCUUUGUUGCCCUACGAACGACUUCGCAAAAUGGCAUCUGUGGUGGCUAAGAACAUGGAAAAGCCCCGUUUCCUUGAAGAACGUCUGCUUUCUUUGUACAUGGAUAUGUAUGAGGAAUGGAUCCACGUCCCUUUCCUCUGCCGGCGAAACAUCCAACUCAAGGAGGAGAAAACCCCUAGCUUUCCACGCAUGCGGGUUUCGCGUCGUGUCAUUACCGGCUGGCAGGGGAUCGGCCAAUGCAUCGACACCUACAGUGCCUUGACCCGGCUCACUCUCGAGAUCAAAGAAAAGUACUUGACGCCCAUCAUGAUGGGCUAUCUUUGUGAUCCAUCGGAGAUCUGGGAACAGUGCUGGGAUCGAUACGAGAAUAUCAAGAAGGAUCAGCACAAAUCAGGCGAGGAAGAUUUGACUGAAUGCCUCCCCAACUGA